AUGACACAAAUCCUGCGCAAAUUGUCUACGAUUACGUUUAACCUUAAUCCAACCAUGGCUUAUGACCAACAUUAUGAUCCAGAACGCUAUCAACCUUUAUUAACAAAACCACCGCCAAUCAAAGUUCCGAAAACUUGUGAACAAUGCCGCGAAGACUAUGUCGAUAUGUGUUGUUUUGCAUGCGAGAAGAAGGGAUUGCCAAAGAAUUGGACAAGUGGGAAUUCGACUAUCGAUAAUUUUAUAAAGGACAUUCAAUCAAAAGCGAAUAAUCAGCAAGCUUAUUUGCAAUGGUUGAAAUAUGAAUCGUUUAGCGAUAUCAAGCAAAUAGGCAAGAUUGGGAAGAAGAAUAUUUAUUCAGCGGUUUGGUACGAAGGACCAAUUACUCGACAGCCUAUCCCUUGGGGAGUACAGAGUAAUCAUAAGGUGAUUCUUAAAGAGACGGAACGAGAAGAACAAAAUUUAGAUUCAUUUCUUGAAGAGGUUCUUGCACAUUGGCAAUUUCGUGGAAUAUUCGAAAGUCGUGUGUUACGUUGUUUUGGAAUUUCGAGAAAUCCCUCAACAAAUGCUUUGAUAAUGGUCAUGGAAUAUUUCUCAGAUGGCGAUCUUGGUCAUUGUCUUCGAGAAUACUAUUCGCAGUUGCAAUGGGAACACAAAAUUUCAAUACUUGAAGACAUUGCCAAUGGACUUGCGAAAAUUCAUGAUACUUCAUACGCACUUAAAGAUUUUCAUGGCGGAAAUAUUUUAAUAAAUUUGGAAGGCCGGGCAGUAAUUGCUGACAUGACCUUGUCAUUUUCUGAUGGAGGCUACCCUAGUUCAAGACUGACAGGAGUUUUACCUUACAUUGCUCCAGAAAUAUUGAAACGUCAACCGAUUGCACGCGCAGCAAAUAUUUAUUCGUUUGGAAUAAUUAUGUGGGAAUUGGCGACGGGAGAACGAGCAUUUGCAAAUCGAGCACAUGAUGAUGCUUUGGCUAUGGAGAUAUAUCGCAAACUUCGACCCCGUAUUCCUAAUAAUAUUCCGGAAUGUUUUGCGGCACUUAUUAGACAAUGUUGGCAUUCAGAUCCUUACAGACGACCAAUGGCUAAAGAAAUUGCUCAAACUUUUCAAAAAUGGGGAAAAAAAUUAGGGAAACGAGAAUUUACUGAUAGGACCUCAAUUAUUUAUAUUCCCGGAGAAGAUACUGAAAUUGAUGCAUUUCAUGCGGCUGAUAUAUCACAACAGAAUAAUCGCUUAUAUUCAGAAUUAAAGGCUGAUUCAGAGCAUCCAAAUGCGCAAUACAUAACACGAGAUUUUGACUAUCCUCCGCUUGACGAAGUCUUAUGUGAAUAUGAAAGCGAAGAUGAUCUUGAAUGCUUUCCAACUAAUUUCGGCCAAUUGUGGAAUGAAAGCGAAGAUAAGCAUGGCUCAAAAUUAAAAAGAUCCAACACUUUACUUCAACUGAAAAAAACCAGUGAACGAAGAGCAAUCGCGCAAUUUGCUCUUCAAUUACAAGCACUUGCUGGAACUUAUCUUGCACGUUGCUACGGCUUUUCGCGGGAUCCGAAGACAGGAAAUUUCGUUAUCGUAUAUGAAUAUGUACCUGAAGGCAACCUAGGUCAUUGUCUAACAACACAGUUUUCAAAGUGGCAAUGGUGGCAUAAACUUCAAAUUCUUAAUGGAAUCGCCAUAGCUCUUCGUGCAAUCCACAAAUCCGGACACAUUCACAAAGAUUUGCAUUUAGAAAAUAUGCGUAUACAUGAAAUCAAUGGUCCAUCAUCAGAAACGGACUAUGUCGGCGAAGAUGUUGAAAAAAUGAAACGGCAUCUAUCGCAAUUUUUGCAAUCGGAUGCACGAAUGUAUUCUAACGGAUAUAGUAAAGAUAAUAUAGUCUCGGAAGAUCCUCUGGGCAUAUAUACAAGUCGUAAGCUGGACUUUGCCAAGCGUCGAAAGUCUUCGCGUCCUGAACUUGAAUCAAGUCGAUCGUCUAAUACUCGUUCAAUAUAUCCGGAUAUUAUAAAUGAGCGCGCAUCAAAUAAUGCGUCAACGGAAACUGAUAAUAAAAGAAACUCACGGAUAACUGGCAAUAAAAAUGGGAAUUUCUUAACAUUCAUUAAAGAAGGAGGAAAAAAACUCGAACGAGUAUCAGAUAUUCUCCGAAAUGACCGAAAUGACCGAAAUGAUAGAAUUUCCAAUGAUUACAAGACAUUUAGUGAACAUUACGAUGAAGAAUCAGAUUCCGAUAUUGUUCAAUCGACAUCUCUGCAUGAUGGUGGUGACUUUAAGUGUAUUGUUGAUGAUGUAGACCCCGAUCCUACUACAAUAUCACCGCAAACGCCCACUUAUCGACCAAGAAGUGCUUCAAAUUUAGAGAAGAAGUCCGAAGGAUUAGGUCAUUUUCGACCUCGUAGUGUCUCAGACGUUCCCCCAACACCAAUAGAAAUAACACAUCCCAUUAUGCAAAAGGAACAACACAGCAACAAACAAGAUGAAGGAUAUCAUACGAAUUUCGCCACACCAGCAAACAGCUACGAGGAAAAGAUUCAUAUAACGAAAUCUUCUCUUUCCUUGAGUCAGCCCUCGUCAACAAUAGUUCCAUCAUACUAUUCGAUCAAUACAGACACAAAAGAUGAUAUUAUAUCUUCUUCGUACUCUUCAGAGAUAAAGAUGGAUACUACUUCUCUUUCCUUGAUUCAGCCCCCGUCAACGAAAGCAUCUCAUUUGUACAGCUCAACAAAUACAGAGAUGAAGAAUGAUUUUUCAUUGACUCAACUACCGUCAACAAUACUAUCUUCCUCGUACUAUUCAACCAAAACAGAGAUCAAGGAUGAUACCUCUUAUUUUUCGUACCACCCAGCAAACACAGAGACAAAGAAUGAUACUACAACUGCUGCUUCUGCAAUACAAACAAGACGAGAAUUCUCGCGGUCACUUUCGAAUGCAUUGAGCAUUCACGGAACUG